GUACGCUGGGCACGUUUCGGAGCAGUGGAGAAGUCCCAGGAGGCUGCAGAACACCCCUGCCUCCUAGCUUGGAAAGUGCAGAGUGAUGAUGCAACCGAACUGACAACUAAGCCAAAGAGAAGCUUCUAUGCAGCAAGAGAUUUGUACAAGUAUCGACACCAGUAUCCACAGAACUUUAAGGAUCUUCGAUAUCAAAAUGACUUGUGUAAUCUCCGCUUUUAUAAGAAUAAAAUUCCCUUUAAACCUGAUGGCGUCUAUAUUGAAGAAGUCCUAAAUAAAUGGAAAGGAGACUAUGAAAAACUGGAACAUAACCACACUUAUAUACAGUGGCUUUUCCCACUGAGAGAACAAGGUUUGAACUUCUAUGCUAAAGAAUUAACUACAUAUGAAAUUGAGGAAUUCAAGAAAACUAAAGAAGCAAUUAGAAGAUUCCUGUUAGCUUACAAAAUGAUGCUGGAGUUUUUUGGAAUAAAACUAAUUGAUAAAACUGGAAAUGUAGCACGAGCUGCUAAUUGGCAAGAAAGAUUUCAGCAUUUGAAUGAGUCCCAACACAACUACUUAAGAAUCACUCGCAUUCUGAAGAGCCUUGGGGAGCUUGGAUAUGAAAGUUUCAAAUCUCCUCUUGUGAAGUUUAUUCUCCAUGAAGCUCUCGUGGAAGACACCAUUCCUAAUAUUAAGCAAAGUGCUUUAGAAUAUUUUGUUUAUACUAUUAGAGACCGAAGAGAAAGGAGGAAGCUCUUGAGAUUUGCCCAGCAGCAUUAUGCCCCUUCAGAGCAUUUCAUCUGGGGACCACCAAAAAAACAGAAAUCAGAAGGAAACAAAACAAGUAAAAAGUCAGCAUCCCCAGUUUCUGUUCACAACAGUUACAUUUCUAAACAUAAGAAACAAAAAGAUCUGAAAAACACAUCUACAACUGGUAGCUCAAGUAGCAAAGCAGCUGAAGAAAAAAAGGUAGAACUUACAAAAAAUGGUGAAGUAAAUGACCAGAAUGGAUCAGAAAUCAAUUGUGAAGCUGCUAAGCAGAGUAAUGGUGAAAAGAGCAAUGAUGCUGAAAGUCAGAAUUCCAAAUUAGAAGAAGUUCAAGAUCCUUCAGACAAAAAGGAGAACAUUUCUCAUUCCAAAAAAGAAAGCGAAGAAGAUGAUGAAAAUCCAAACCAAGAUUGUGAAAAUCCAGGAGUUGCAAAGGGAGAUUUAUGUGACAAUGAGAAUUGUUCAAAUGAUGUGUCAACAGAUCUGCAAGACAUCUUAGGUAAGGAUAAACCUCCAGUGGAAACCACCAUGAAAAACAAAGAUGAAAUAAAAUCAUGAGUCUAAAAUUAAACAAAUUAUGUUUUGUACUGAAUGAAACAAAUUAUUCAUGGCUCUUUAAUUUUGGAUGAAGUUGCUGACUAAUGUAGCAUAAGGAAGUUUAUGACACCAAACUGGAUAUGAAUGCAUCAGAUUAGGCUUUUGGUGGGGUGAUUUUUUAAACUUGGUUUACAGUACACUACUCAAAAUGGAUUUAAAACAACUGUAUGAGUUCAGAACCUAGAAAUUCAUUCUCUUUUUCGCUAGAUUGCAGUCUACAGAGAAAAGAAGACCACUUUACAACUUCAGUCAUCCAUCAUUUUAAAAAUUAGAGCACUAAAAAUAUCUAGGAAUGCCUAAAUUUUUUGUUUUCUAGGAAAAGGAUACUGUGCUGAUUUUUCUUUCCCAGGAUGAUCCAGUCUUUUCUCUUCAGUUGCAUUUUAAAGUGUAAAAUUUGACGGAAAGUCUGUAAUCACAGUUGUGCACUCUUGGCAAAAGUGUUUCAGAACUGAAUAUCAAAGUGUUCCAUGUUAUUAAAUAUCAUUCUAAGAAGAUUGGAAGUCUUACUCAA